AUGGCAAGGGGAAGUGAAGAGCAUUGCAAUGUGCCCACGGCCCGCUCACGCUCAUGUGUGUUUCGAAUGCAGUUCUCAGCCUUUGGGGCCAACAGCAUCUUCACCGAUGAGCCGGAAAACGUCAGGUACAUACUUCAGGAAGGAGCAUUAGCUGGAAAGGUGGGCAUGGGGACUGAUUUUCAUGAUCAAUGGCACGAAUUUCUGGGUGACAGCACCUUCAACCUGGAUGGGGAGAAGUGGAAGGGCAGCCGAGCCAAGCUGCGGAAACAAUUCACUCGGGAACGGCUGGCGGAUCUGCACCUGUUUGAAUAUCACGUCGAGAGGAUGAUUCGGUUCAUCAAGGCCCACGAAGGAAAGCCUGUUCCGGUUCUGGACCUGCUGCACCGAUUCACGCUCGACACGUCGAUGCACUACAUGCUGGGCACGGACGAGAACACGGUCGAGAACCCGGUCAAUCAAUUUUCCCACGCGUGGGAUACUGUGUUUGAGAUCAUGGAUGCCCGGGCUCGUGCCGGCGGACUCUGGAGGAUUAUCUUGCCUCAAAAGCCCAUGAAAGAUGCCAUGGCUAUCUUGAAUGGUGUCGCCUAUCCCCAGAUCGACCGGGCGAUAGAAAGAAGAAAGGCAGGCGAAAAGUUGGGCGAUAGCUUCUUGGAUGCCAUCACUGCAGACACUCUGGAUCGAGAAGAGAUUCGGGGUCAUUUGAUGACCAUCAUGCUAGGCGGUCGCGAUACUGCUGCUCUAACUUUGACUAACACUCUACAUGCGCUGGCUCGACACCCUCGCGUUUAUGCCAAAGCAAGGGCAGAAGUCAUGAACGUGGUUGGGCCCACAGACGCCCCGACCUUCCAACAAAUGAAGGAACUGAAGUACCUGAGAGCAAUCAUCAAUGAAGUCCUGCGCUUGUGGCCCAUCCUGCCCUACACCCGGAAGAACGCCCUCCGAGACCUCAGCCUUCCCGUGGGGGGGAAGAACGGCGGACCCGUUGCUGUCUUAGCAGGUAAGUAG